CUUUAGAAGCAAUCUUUUAAUGUGAUAGUUUAUUAAUUAGUUGAAAUUCACUAUCCCCAAGCAGCCGGCAUCCGUCAAACACCGAAGCUCACACAUAUUAUCUAGCUUUUGUUUGGGAAGAAAUAAAUCUAAAUCUACACAAAAAAAAUUCUGAAACGACCCUUGAAUUUUUUUAGAAGCAGAGUUAUAACUAUAGCAGCAUAGUUAUAACUUUAUUAUUCUGUUAAUUGGAUAGCUAGAGCGUUGCAGGAGUUACUCAUGGGCUGUUGCUCGUCUCCCCGCACCACCGUUGCGGGUGUUGCAGUGUUGCAUCUCGUCGGAGCAUUAGGUUGCAUCGGACUGUGCAGUUACUUGCUUACGCUCGAGGGCCCGAAGCUGGAACUCGUCUUGACGCAGUCAUGGACGCUACUGACGACGAUGCAUCUGCCGGUGGUGGUGGACGCCGACGGUAAUGUAGUGACGAACCGCAACCGCAGCGGCUCUGAAGUUAUCCUCGUCAGUGGAACAGACCACCGAGACGAUGAGCCGAUGGGCAGAAGUGCUUACGAAAUUCGGUUGACUGACGAGCCAGAAAAAGAUGACGUUUCAGGAGAAAGAGAAUUUGUGCCUGACAUUGACGAAAGCUCAGACGCUAGAGUACUUGAUGUUAUAGACAAGAGAACAGGUAUCUUCCUUCAGGAAGAUGAAGAGAAUGAAGAUUUUCUUGACGAAAAUGAGCCCAACACUCUUCUAUAUUUGAACAAUAAUGCAUCAGGAUCUGUAGAUAAUGAGACCGUUCGAUCUAACGAAGAUUUCUAUGGAUACUUACCACUAAAUUUUUCAGAUCAUGAUGUAGGGAAUGGAGCUUCGAAUCUUAGCUUUUCGCGAGAAAAUUAUAGCUUGGCGGAAAAUGACUUGAACGUGACUGAAAUUCCCAUUGUUGAAGAUGAAUAUGAAAUGUUUGCAAACAACUCUGCCAGCCUGGGUGGGAAUGAGGAAGUGAAUAACCUGACAACUAUCCUGGACCCGCAUGUUUUAUACGUUGACGUUCCGGAUCACAAAGUUACAAACAUUUCAGAUAUACAGGAUACUUUCAGUUCAAAUCGGCCUGAAGGAAACGGAAACAAUAUGGAGUUAACAACGCCGAGGAUUUUACGUUCUGAGGAAGAGAGUUUUCCAACAUCGUCUGAAUUUAUGUCAGUUUCUGUGACAAGGAGAAGUGCUGUGACUCCAACGUUUAAUACUCUUUUCACGGAAUUAUCUUCAGUAGGUCCGAACUUAAUCGUUUCUGAAAGCCCGUCAAAUGUGUCGACCGAUUCCUUAAUCAACGCGGUUCAUGGCAGUUCUUCAGGAGGAACAAAUGGAUUUGACAGCAGCAGUCCAGCUCCCGAUGGAUACGUGGUUACCAGCACUUCAACAACUCCAGAUAAUGAACGGUCUAACUCUUCAUUCGAUGAUACCGAACUCCUGCCGACCGCCCAGCCACUCCGGUCCGGCGACCAGCCGAGGUUUAGCCGCAUGCACCACAGCAACAACUUCUCUUUAGAAGACGAUAAUUAUUCUGGUGAUGAGCCUUUCACCUUCACCAUCCCUCCCAUCGUCACCACCACCGGCUUCAUCUCGGCAGUUCUAACGUCCACAAAUCCUGCAGACCCUGAAACAGACCCUGAGCUGAGCUCGCUGCUGUUCGAGCUGACGGCAGGGGCUUGCGUCUUGGGUCUGCUGGUCUACUUUAUCCUGUGCGUCAUCGCCGCGACGCUGCUACUCUCAGCCGCCAUCUGGAGGCUGGAGGAGCUGAUGCUGCCGUGGCUGGUGCUGGAGUGGGUGUCGCUGCUCUCGGCCAUCGCUGUGGUGGGAGUUUUGACGUGGCGACUGCUGGAGGAGGGGGUGUUGCUGUGGUGCUGGUGGUUGGUGGUACUUGGCACUGCAGUGGUGGUGGUGCUCAUCCUGUGUUUGGUACUCGUGAUGGAAGCGUACCAGACCUUGCCAUACGAAAUCACUUACGAUGCUCCAGACGCAUACGAAAUGCAGUACAUAACCGAUAAGAGACGCACAAGCACCUGUGGGCAACCGCCAAGUGAGUGGCAGCGUCACACACGGAGCGACUUUGAGAUGUCCACUCAUCUCUGAAAUAGUAUUACGAAAAAUAAAGCGCCAUAUUGUCCAAAUGAUGUCACACUAUCUUACCCGCAGCAAAAUCUGAGAGCAGACGUAGCACUGAAUACGCCAUUGUGCCGGACCAAACUGAGUCAGGAUGACUCACAUUUGGGCAAUACGCAUCUUCUGAACUAAAUCUCAAUUUGAAUUAAGUCACAAACAUUUAUCUGAUGUACAGAACAUCCUUCAAUAAGACAAACGAUUUCGAAUAAUUUCUUCAAUAAUUUAUCGGUUACAGAAAGCCACAAACAUUUGCGUCUGUGAUGGCAGUAACUGCAGUUGCAAUUUUCAUAGUAUUUUUAACAAUGAAUAUAUAUUAAGAUUGUGAUGCAAAAUCUUUAUGGCUAUUUAACAGAAAUAUUUGUUGUCUUGAAUGACUUAGUGCUGAGCUUUCUGGAAACAGUCAAAACAGUUUAUCGUAUCGACUUUGACAAUAAUUUCCGUCUUUUCAUCUCAUGAGAGCGAAUUUUCAGUCCCGAGUUUCAUCAUCCGUUUUUGAGUCAGGAUGCAUGCCAGAGGCCAGCAUUGCCCAAUUUGAGUCUGCGGUGGAGACGAAAUUUUCCUUACUAAAUCCGCAGUGCCUAAUUACCAUGAAACUGACAAACAACUAUGAUAUCUACCUGUCAUUAUUCAUAAUCAUUCACUCGACAAAAAACCAUAACAUUUGUGACUAAUAGCUAUCAUUGUUCCGUCACACAAGAAGCAUUUGCCUAAUUAAUAUUCAGUUUAGAUUUGUUCAUUGUCGAAAAAUUACUAGUCAAUGUAAAUACUCAGUUUUAUCUUAACGUUAUAUUCGUAAGUAAUCUGCCUUAUAAAUAAACUGUUAGAUUUAAUCGUUCAUAUUGACAUUUUGUUGUGGGCUGCGUUUUUGGGCAAAUAGUGGGCUGCGUUUUGAAUAGUCGAUGCGAGUUUUUAGUGCCAGGAUUUAACAACAGUUAUAAGUUAGGAAAAAUUUCGAACUAAAUUGUUCGUGCAAUAUUAGUGUUACUAAUUUCAGUCCAAGGAGCGAGGCACGUUGUUUUCACUAUUUUGCCAUCAUCUAAUAUUCUAAUUCAAUGUUUCAGGCGAGUAAUGAAAAUAACAAACUUCACACCAAUAAUAAUUAAAAGGUUAUGGGUAUGAAAACUUGGCUUGUAUAUAAUAAUUUUGAUUUGGACAUUGGCCCUGUAUUUGUAUGGUUCUUUUUCCCUGCAAUUAAGAGGGCUCUUGUGAUGCGUGUCUGUGCUCGUCUAAAUUCCUGUGGGAUCUCGCAUUCCUAGGGCAUUGUUCCUGAGCGCCCCACCACAGAGCUCGAGUUGCCUGAACGCCGGUCUCAGUUGUGGGGGUUAAAUUAUCGUGAAGGCAGGGCAGUUGUGGGGGUUAAGCUAACGUGAAGGCAGGACAGUUAAGGGGUUGAGUUGCUGUGUAGGCGGGCAGUUGUGGGGUUAAGCUAACGUGAAGGCAGUGCAGUUAAGGGGUUGAGUUGCCGUGUAGGCAGGGCAGUUGUGGGGUUGAGUUGCCGUGUAGGCAGGGCAGUUGUGAGGUUGAGUUGCCGUGUAGGCAGGGUAGUUGUGGGGUUGAGUUGCCGUGUAGGCAGGGCAUUUGUUGGGUUGAGUUGUUGUGUAGGCAGGGCAGUUGUAGGGUUGAGUUGUUGUGUAGGCAGGGCAGUUGUGGGGUUGAGUUGUUGUGUGGGCAGGGCAGUUGUAGGGGACGUAGGUAGGAUCCCUUACAUUUCCCUUCUCUGUCUCUCUCGUGCGAGCGGCCGACGU